UUUGAAUUUUGAUUUUUGUAAACAAAAGUAGCACGUGUAAUCAUCGUGUAAUUGUGUAAUAUUAGCGAAGAAAUCUAUAAAUUAGUUAAAUUUACCUAUAAUCAGCUUCAAUAGUGUUGUAAUAAAAAAUUGUAAUAUUUAAUUAAUAAAAUAAGUAAAUAUUCUUGAAAGUGCAAGAUGCCUAAAUCUAAGCGUGACAAAAAAGUUUCUUUAACAAAAACAAAUAAAAAGGGCCUUUUAUUGAAACAAAAAACAAUUGAAGAAAUACGGAAGUCUUUAUCAAAAUAUGAACAUAUAUUUCUAUUUACUGUAGACAACAUGCGUAAUACAAAACUAAAAGAUUUACGCAACGAUUGGAAAGAUUCUAGAUUUUUUUUCGGUAAAAAUAAAGUAAUGGCCGUUGCACUUGGAAGAACUAAAAGUGAUGAAGUGGAAGAUCAGUUAAACUUGCUUUCUAAACGUUUAAAAGGCCAAUGUGGGUUGCUCAUGACAAACAGAGAUGUUCCUGAUGUGUUGGAAUGGUUUAAAAGCUACACAGCAACAGAGUAUGCGAGAGCUGGAUUUGUCGCAACUAGAGAUGUGAUCUUGCCUCAGGGUCCUUUGGAAGACUUCUCCCAUACUAUUGAACCACACCUUAGACGUCUCGGCCUGCCUACGAGCCUUGAGAAGGGUGUGAUUCACCUCAUCAAAGAAUAUCAGGUCUGCAAAAAAGAUGCAGUUUUGACACCAGAACAAGCAAGCAUAUUGAAACUCUUGGGCAUACAAAUGGCACAAUUCAAAGUAGUCAUAAAAUGUCACUGGACCAAAGGAAAAGGAUUUCACAAAGAUCUGGAUGUGCCCAGUGAUGAUGAAGAAGAUAAUGAUAAAGAUGCACUUGAAGAUGAACCCAUGGAAGAUGAUAAUGAUGAUGAUGAUGACGAUGAAACUUAAACAUCACUUAUUUUACCUUAAAUGUAAAUAUUAAAUAUACUGGUUAUAUGACAUA